UUAUUGUUUUUUUUUUUCUCUUGAACCAGAAACAGAACCACACCCAUACACGCAAGCAAAACAAGAAAAGAAUACAACUAAAACAAAGAAAAAAAAAAGAGGACACAAAAAACCAAGAAAAACCUCACCCUCCCGAGUCACCUCACCCCCCUCCUCUUCUCCGCCCCGCUCCGCCCCGCCUGCCUCCCGCCAUGUCGGAAAGACCAGAAGACGCGCUCUAUGUCUCGUCGCCGUCGUCGUCGGACUCGUCGUCGUUCCCGUCCUCGCCAGGAGAGGACACAAGCAAGGACGCCAUGCUAAUCGAGCCGACAACAGCCUCGUUGGCAACGCCCGCAUGCGCUUCCACGGCAGAAGACGCCGCCACUGCUGCCUCCGACGCUUCGGGCGCUACGGACGCAAUGGCUGUAGUUGCAGCCGGCGACAGCCACACGACGGCCUUCACUGCGCGCGUCAAAACGCACAGCAAGGCGUCCGAGUACGAGGGCGUCUCCAGACACAACCCUGGAGAUAUCACCUACAACUCAGCCGCCGCCAAGACCUCCGACGAGGGCGCGAUUUUCUCAAAGGACCAGUUUGGCUCGUACUAUGCCGUCAAGCCUUGCAAGGUGCUCGUCGUCGAAGACCACGAAAUCAUGCAGCUCCUUGUCAAAACCUGGCUUGCAAGGCUCAACAUUGAGGCCAAGUACGCAGACGACGGCCUGCAGGCUGUGAAAUUGGCUGAAGAGCACACGUUUGAUGUCAUUUUCAUGGACCUCGUCAUGCCCGUCAUGGAUGGUAUUCAGGCCUCCAAGAUUAUUCGAACAAGCAAGACCAGCCGGAAUACUCGCACUCCGAUUGUCGCCUUCUCGGCACUCGCGCUGCCUUCUGACUUGGCCAUCAACGACUUUAUGAACAAGCCAUUCGGAUGGGGCGAUAUUGCGGCUGCCAUCGACAAGUGGGGACGCCACCGCCUCUCGUUUGUCAUUGAUGGCCCUGUGGAUCUGAACAAGUAUCCAAUGGGUGCCUACUCUUCGUCGCCCCCCGCCAGCUCGUCAACACCUGCUGUCUCGGAUGUCACUGCGAUGGAUGCAUCGUCGCAAAGCGUCCCGUCCCAAGGGCUUGUGUCCGCCCAGCCCUCCUCCUCCUCCUCUUCGCAGUCCAAGAUUGUUUCCAAGGCCGAGAAAGUGGCGUCCAUCGACAUUUUUGACGAUGUUCGCAACCUCGUUUCCGCUUUCCAUCUCUUCCGAGACUCGUCCUCGUCGCACAACGCAAACCGGCCACUGACACCGUCGUCGUCGGAAGUCUCUGCACUUCGUCCAAGACAUGCCUUGACCAACCCUUACGAGUCGUGCACGGCUCUGGUGGUGGAAGACGACGAAAUCACCCGACAAGUCUUGCGGGAUCAGCUGCUCCAAUUCAAGCGCGAGGUCCAUACCGCCGCGGAUGGCGAGGAGGCUGUUCAAAUGUGCAAGGAGCAUUUGUACGAUCUCAUUCUCGUGGACAUUGAGCUCCCCAAAAUCAACGGCUACGAGGCCAUCUGCAAGAUUCGCCAAGACGGAUCUCUCAACCGCCUGUCGUCAGUCAUUGCAUUCACGUCGCAGUACGAGGACAACCAUCAGUUCUUCCGGGAGCUGGGCAUUGCAAACCUGCGGUCCAAGCCUGAAAAAAAGUACAUUACCUCGAUGGAAGAGGUGGAAUCUGUCGAUUCAGAGCCUCCUGCUGGCGAUGAGCCCGACGACAGCUUGCCUGAUGGAGGGCAUGACGGCGCCGCGAGCACGGCUUCGGGUGCUCCCGAAAUUGCCGCACCGGGUGCCACCGACCCCGCCGCUGAAUUUGCACUCCCAGCCAACGCGAAGGCCAAGCGCGUACCUAAAGAGGAUGCUGUAAAGAUUCCCAAACGCAAAGGCCGUCCGCCAAAAUACCCCCGUCCUGCGGACGGCGCACUCGGCUCUGCAACGCAACGGCCCCAAUUGGACGCCUUGGGUGCUAUUCUUCUACCCACCGACAGCGAGGCUGCUGCUGUUCGUGGCGCGACGACCGCCGGACCCACACGCGAUUUUGCCGCGAUUUCUCUGCCUGCCGUGCGUUCGCCUUCGCCCAGUGCGCCCUUGUUGGCUGUUGCACCACCUUCGUCCACAUCCGUACUGACACCUCAACAGGUUGCUCAAAUACGUCGCCACGACGCCAAACCAGUGUCGCCCAUUGUUGCGGCGGUCACCAACAACAACAAUAGCAGCGCACUCGGAUUGAGCCCCAACGUAGAUUUGAGCAACAGGAAACGACGCGCCCCUGCGGGCGCUAACACCGAGUUUUUCGCCCUGCCCAACAAGCGCUUUGCUCUCGAAUCCGACCGAUCGGCCGACUCGACGUCAAGCACCCCGUCAGCCAUUCUCUCCAGUUCGACCUCUUCGUCCAUGCCGGUCCCUGGAGCCGAGUAUGACGUGACUGUGGGGCGACAUAUCCCAUCACCCGCUGUACCCAUGAACACGUCCAUGCAUGCCACUCCGGUUUCAGCCUCAGUGACACCAGUCCUCGACACUGCGUUGGCGAUGGCUUCACACGCGGCCUCGGCAUCCAUUCCUGCACUCUCCCACGCCUCCAGCUUGCCAGGGUAUGUGCCGUUCAGCAGCUACCCCGGCAUGAACAUUCCGCCGGCGCAGCUUGCACCCCCACCACCUCCUCCUCCAGUCUACUCGAACACACCAGCGAUGCAGUACCCCCCUCACAUUCCACCUUACGGGCCGGCGGCGUUUGGAGCUCCGCUGGGCGGCCUCGUCGGUCCGCAACAGGCGAGCCAAGCCAUGUACGCACGAUCGCUUCCGUACCCCGCGCCGGGCUUGUUCUCUCGCUUCCCUCAGCCCGAUCCGUCCGAAGCUCUGCGGCAAGCCCACCUGGCAGCCGCAACUGCGUUGAUGAACAAUAACAACACGUGGCCAGCAAAUGGUGGUUCGCACAUGCCUCUGCCCCCGCCGCCUCCCCUGCAUCCCCACGCAAUGUCGCACUCUUUGUCGUUUCCCACGGCCCCCUCGCAGCCAGGCUCGCAAUCACACACACCUCUCCCGCUCCCACAGCCGACGAUGCACUAUCCUCUUGCUCAGCAUCCUUCUGCGCCAGUGACGAAGGCAGCAGCAGCAGCAGCACCACCACCACCGCCAGUCCAUUCGCUGGCACCACAGGUUCAGCAGCCCGCAUCGGGUCCGGUCCUGCCUCCGUCCAAAGCCACCGCAGCGGCGGCGACAGCACCCUCAGCAGCAGUAGUAGCAGCUAUGGCCGUAGCAACAGCAGGAGCAGCAGCAACAACAGCGUCGUUGCAAAAAUCUCAACAGGAAAGAGAGGACAAUAGUCCAAGGUCGGUCGACUCUGAUACGAAUUCGAGGCCCGAGCCUGGUGCGCCAAUCUACCACUCUGUCGUUUUUAAAGGCAGGAACGACCCUCCAACGCCACCACCACCCGUUGUUACAGACAAAGUUGUCGCAAUGGCGCAGGAGUUGGUUCAGAGCAACCGGUCUCGGCUCGAUCCUGAAGAUGCCAUCACGUAUCCGGUGGCCAUGUUUGCCAAGAACCGCAUGCGGCAACCGGACACGCCAAAGUCCGUCACAUUCCAAAGCAGCCGCGAAACGCACAAUGCCAAAGAGCAAUUCCGUCGCAAGGAAAUGAGUGAUUGCGUCGAGGACUUGCGCAAGAUUGUGCCUGGAUGCCACCCGCGCGCCGACAAGGCAAACGCCCUCAAGCAAGCCGUCCAUUUCCUUCUUGAUGCCGUUCUUGUCUUGCAGGCCAAUCCCGAGGUGGCUGCCCAACUCCCGCUGCCAUUGCGUGUCAUUCCCAACAAUCUCAACGUGUUCCAGCUGGAGCCUGCAUGUGCCGAUGCUCCAGCGGAGGUGGAACGGCUCCCGCCGAUCCGUCGUCGUCGCGCCAAAACCGACGGCGAUGACGAUUCGUCCUGAGAGCGCUCGACUAGGGUGUCUUUUUGAUUUUCUUUGAUGUGCAUGUCUUUGUAUUCUUUCUUUCUCAUCUCUCUCACCCCCCUCCCCGCCCCUUCGCCACCCUCCCGAUAGUCUGAACUUUCCUCAUCAUCCAUCGUUUUUUUUCUUCUUGUUCUUUUCCACUUCGUUUCGCCUGCUGGUCCAGAGUCUGUUACAUUUUAUUAAAACUACCUUCUUGUUGCC